CCUCACAGAUCAAGAAACCAUGGCUUCUUCUUCUUCUUCUUCUUCACUGCAGGUUGCAGCUGCUCUGCUUAUUUCUGUGGCCUGCUUCAUCGCAGCCACGAGUCAUAAGGUUGAGGCAGCGGAGCCGGCGCUGGUGAAAGGGAUGUCGUGGAGCUUCUACACGUCCAGCUGCCCCAAACUUGAGUCCAUCGUCAAGAAACGCCUCCAGCAAGUGUUCAAGAAGGACAUCGGCCAAGCUGCUGGCCUGCUCCGCCUCCACUUCCACGACUGCUUCGUCCAGGGAUGUGACGGGUCGGUUUUGCUGAGUGGAUCCGCCGGCGGGCCCAGCGAGGAGCAAGGCGCCCCACCAAACCUCAGCCUCCGACAGGAAGCCUUUCGCAUCAUCGAAGACCUCCGCGCCCGCGUCCACAAGCAGUGCGGCCGCGUCGUCUCCUGCUCCGACAUCCUCGCCGUCGCCGCCCGCGACUCCGUCGCCCUGUCGGGAGGGCCCAACUACAGAGUCCCCCUAGGCCGCCGCGACGGCCUAACCCUAGCCACACGCGCCGCCACCCUCGACAAUCUCCCGCCUCCCACCGCCACCACUGGCCAGCUCCUCACCGCCCUGGCCCCCAAAAACUUCGACCCGACCGACGUCGUGGCGCUCUCCGGCGGCCACACGAUCGGGAUCAGCCACUGCUCGUCCUUCACCCGCCGCCUCUACCCGAGCCAGGACGCCACCAUGGACAAGACCUUCGCCAACAACCUCAAGGCCGCCUGUCCGCAGGCCGCGACCGUCGACGGCACCGUCAACAUGGACAUCCGCUCGCCCAACCUGUUCGACAACAAGUACUACGUCGACUUGAUGAACCGGCAGGGCUUGUUCACCUCGGACCAGGAUUUGUAUACGGAUUCGAGGACCAGAGGGAUCGUGACCGGUUUUGCAAUUAACCAGUCGCUGUUCUACGAGAAGUUUGCUGUGGCGAUGGUGAAGAUGGGACAGCUCAGCGUGUUGACCGGGUCGCAGGGCGAGAUUCGCGGAAAUUGUUCGAGGAGGAGUACCGGGGUGGAGUCGGUGCUGAAGUCUGCUGUCGAGGAAGCCGUUGAGAUUCUCGCUGGGUUUUGAGGGAUUUCGGUGACGUGGAGACACGAUCCCUCUGUUAUAAUAAGUACGAGUUGAGAUCGUUGGAUUUACGAGUAAACUUGAUUUCAGCCGUUGGAUUGAUGGCGACGCUAUGUCUUUUCAGUCGAGCAUAUUGAUAACCUCUUCGGCUGAGGUCAAGUUGUACGGCGAUCAGUUACCGUGACUCGAUCGGCGGUAUUGAGGGGUUGUCACUGUAGUAAUCGGAGUUGGUUUAAAUUUUCAAGAUGGUGAUGGAGCAAUACAAAAAUAAAUAAAUAAAUAAAUAAACAUAAAACAAUUAGUUGGAAUUCGUAGACACGUACGUAGUUUUUCUGUGUUUUCUGAGUUGAUGUGUUUGGACUUCGGUUUUUCCUAACAGAGAGUGUUGAGCUUGGCUUUGAUAAAUUAUAUUAUGUGCAAGGUCUGAAAAUCAGAGUUUAUGGGCGUUCAACAGUUAAAGAUGAAAUUAAAAUAAUGAGAAUUGC